CUGGAGCGAGCACUGCGAUUCAUGACGGUCAACCUCUACGACGGGUUACGCACAUCCCGAACCAUCAAGAAGACGCAGCUCUCGAUGACGGACAUAAAGAGAGCAGUCGAGAUGGGAAAGUUUGAACGCGUUCCGAACGUUGUUAGCGCUGACUGUGUUUUUCCACUGGCGACAACCGCGCAUCCACAGGCAGAGUGCAGGAACUCUGCGCCGAUCGAUCGUAAUGGCAUCGGCAGAACCGCAUCAAAUCAUACGACACCCGGCCAUCGGGACGACUGUCACCAAGACCAACGCUACGAUGGCCGUCUCCCGGAAGGUGUUCACGGAGUGAAUGUGUUUGCGGUAGCCGAGAUGAAAGGACGACGGCACCUCAUUACCGAGCCUCACCUCAACGGAGUGCUCUCGAAGGCGGAGAUACCACGGUGCGAGUACCCUUCUCGUCUUGCAAGGCGACAGGAGCUGCGCUACGCACGUUACAUGCUCCAGAUCGAUUUUGAGGCGUUUUACGACUCCAUCCCGACGAUGGAGGAAAAGCUACGCAACAAGUUCGUAUUUCGAGCACGGGAUGGCGCACUCUAUCGACUUCGAACGUUGCCGACUGGGGCACGAUGGAGCGUCGCUGUGGGACAGGCCGUGACAUGGACAAUUGUUGACAUUGACACGAGGUGUACCAUCCUCACAAUGAUCGACAAUAUCCUGAUUGCCGCGCCCGCUGGAGAGGAGGUGGAGUUUGUGCGUACGGUGCGGCAGAUCAUCGACUGCAUUGAGGUGGCGAACCUCUGCACGUCUCCCAGUCGUGAAGAACUGAGAUCAUGGUCAGACAGCGUCAUGUUGGAGGAGGCAAGAAAGACAAAUGUUUUCCUCGGAGAGGAGUUUACUUGGUUGGAGGGUGAACGCAGGGUGCGCAACUCCAUCAAGACCGUGUCGAAACUGAAGCUGGGUCUGGUACAGCAGCCGUACAGGAGUUUCACGUGCAGAGAAUUUGCGUCAAACGUGUCACUCAUUUUAUAUGCGUUGCACACCACAAGGUUGAACCCCGCUUCAGCGUUUAAUCUCUUGCGUGCGUAUCGUGGAGUGUACCGCCAGGUGGAACGCGAACGAGGAUGGGAUGAACCCAUACCCUACCUGGAUCCUGGCGUCCGCAACACGAUGAUGACGUUAGCUGCAGAACUAGUGCAUAACCCUUAUUGGACCAUCGCGGAAGAGGUGACUGCCACCUACAACGAUGAAGACUAUGACGUCAUUUGCUUCACCGACGCGUCAGCAGAUGGGUGGGGUGCGAUAGUGGUUACAGACCCACCGGCACCAUCACAAUCAGAAAACAUAACAGACGACACAUGGACACCACACGCCGCCAUAUACCAGCAGAGGUGGAUCCAUGAUUUUAACCCGGGUAGAAACCCGCGACCGUCGCAACAGACACAAAUCGGACACCGAGAAGAAGGGACGCGACAAGUUCCUCAGGUCAGUAGCGACACGUUCAACGCACGCCACUCGGCACACGCGGAACCCCGGGCGAUCCACCUCCUGCUACAACACCUCGAACGCCAGGGUGUGAUUGUUCCCGGCGAAUCUAUCGUUCACGAAGAAGACGUCGAAAGUGACGCAAACGUAAAUGGCCCACGACGACGGCCAACACGAGUGGCGGUGGUGACCGACCACUUCCCCAUCGCGCAUGUGCAAAGGCGGCUAAAUGGAUUUGGCGGCAUCGGACGCGGCUACGCGCUGAACAGGCUCUUCGAAUACACGAACGAGCUGUUCCACACAAAGGCGGUGCAGGUGGUCUUCUUUUACAUCGCCGGACCCCGCAAUCCGGCAGACCACUGCUCACGCAACUUUGGGGUAGACAGGGGAACCCCGUUACUUACUUCACAUCCGGCGGACGACUGUCUCGUUCCGCUGUUGAGAACCACGUACGGUCCGAUCUGCAAAGGACAAAGCGAAGCAGAGGAAACCCUCCCAGGUGUGGGGAACGAUAUCGACGUGGAAGACGAUAUUGACGUGGAGGAUGAAGUUGAAGAAAUAUUAAUGCCUCAACAAAGAAUGCAUAAGGGCUAA